GUAGUCAUUUUUAAACGAACAGAAACCUCAAUUUUGAUAAAAAUAGUUUAUGCUAAUUAUAUUACAAGAGCGCUGCUGUUGUGUUAUCAGGACAACACUUGCACAUAUCACCAAAUUAUCUUUAGGGAACGGUACAGAAGCCGUUGUAGAUAGUAGUUAAUCUGUUGCGUAGUAGUUCUGAGUCAUCGUGUCCGUGUGUGUAGUUCACUUUUAAAAAAAUGGUCCAUCAUCAUCAUGUUGAAGGUUAUGAUAAAUUUUGCGAAUAUAUGAAAAAAUUUCAAAAUGCAAGCGAAUAUAUUUAUGUAUACUUUACCGGUUCAAAAUUGCCUUCGGGAAUUAGUUGGUGCCCAGACUGUGUUAAGGCAAAACCUAUCGUGGAGGAGGCUUUAAAGCAUGCAAAUCCCAACUCUCACUUUAUUGUUGUUGACGUUGGUAGUCGAGAGAUAUGGAAGGAUCGUAACUGUCCAUUUAGAACGGACCCAAAAACAAGACUGCUAGUGAUUCCGACAUUAAUGAGAUGGGGCCAUCCUCAGAAAUUGGAAGGAGAACAAUGUGAAAAAUCUGAACUGGUUGAAAUGUUAUUUACAGAUGAAGAUUAAUGUGUACCAUAUGUUUUAUUAUAUUGUGGGAAAUGAUUUUGUAACUUCAUCAUAAAACAGCCUUAGAAUUA